AACAUAUUUACUUCAGAACAAUGCCUACAAUAAUUGCUCCCCAUCACACCUUUUCCCCUCUUUACCCCCUCCCAUUGCAGUGACCUCCUGUCCUUUGGGUUGAAGACAUUCAUGUUCAACCUUAAGUUAGUAUAUUUGAUAGGCAAGCUUUAUUCUUUUCAGGUGGCAAUAUAAUAUCAAUUGCUGGAAAAGCACUUUGAUCACUGAUUCCAGAACUGCACCACAAAACUCAGCAACUUUACUGAAAGUUUCAUCAUCCCAUAUCAAGUUUGUGGUCACAAUUCCAGUAACGUCAUGGUCAGGUUGCCAAAAACAACAGCAGAUAACCAAUUACAUCAGGUUAGAAAAUAUAAUAAAAUAAAAGACCUUUGGGGUGUAUGUGUACUUGAAAGAGAAGAUCUUGUUUGGCAGAUCUGGGAACGUCCUUCAGGACUAUGAGGAACUGGCUGCUCUGUAUUGUCCUGUGUCUUCUGUUGAUAUGCUGCAUUUCCCAAGAUGAUCUUGAAAUGCAAUGUGGUCGCCCACCUGCCAUUCCACACGGAGAUAUUUUGGAGCUUCUUAAAACAGAUUAUUCAGCAGGAGAAAUUGUGACAUACAAAUGCCAAAGUUUCUAUGUUUUGAGAGGAUCACCGGAAGUACAUUGUGUGAAUGGUAAUUGGACAGAAUUGCCAGUAUGUAUAGAUCCUUGUAUAGUAACUGUAGAAGAAAUGAAUCUCAAUAACAUCCGGCUGAGAUGGAUAGAAACCGAAAAACUAUAUAUGAAAUCCAGGGACAUGGUUGAAUUUUCCUGCAAAGAUGGUUUUGAGCCACAUCCAUUGUCUUACAUGUUCAGGCAACGUUGUAUUGAAGGACGUUUGGUCUAUCCAAAAUGCAUACCGGAAACUUAAUGAAAAGACGAGCAGAACACACAAUUUUUGUCAUGGAUUUGGUCUUUCAGAGUCACUGAUAACUUGGUUUUGAUCACAUCAAAUCAUCAUGCUUUUGCAAAUAUAUAUAUGGACAAAAAUCAUUAAACCAGCCAAGGGGAUAAUCAGAUGAAGUGGAUGCUGAAACCAUAAUAUAAGCGGAUUACUUUGAAAUAGAAUACUGCAAUGUUCUAUAUUAAAUGAAC